ACCCGGGUUCUGAUGAUAGAUUCGUGGCCAAGUGGAUUGCUACAUGACAGUUGUGUUUGCCUGCCCAUUUGGAAGAACUGUACAACUCCGAGUCAUCAAGCAAACAUAUCUAGCGUCGGUUCUGUACAAACGGACAUUUUCAUCCAAAGUGUAUUCCUUCCCUCAUUAUCCUCCCUCUCGAGAAUUCCUUCUCCUUCUCUCUACGUUCGCCCUUUCAAAUACUCAUUAUCAAGUCGUCAGUAGACAUGGCUGAUUCCACCACAUCGCAACGCUUCAACACCUGCUGAGCGAACAAGAAAGCAAACACCUAUCUCAUUCUCCUUGAACCCUCAAUAUCAUCAUCCCCUAACCAGCCUCCCCCUCCUCAACCCAACUUCUCCUCCACGACACACCAAAAACCGACAUACCAACCUCCAUCCCCUUCCAUGGGCCAAAACUACUCCACCUACCCCUACCACCACAACCACCACCCAGCACCCCUAAUCCCCCUCCCAGGGCCCCGCUCAACCGUCUUCGUCCCUGCAACCUCGCCCUUCUCCUUCGCCCCUCCCUUCGCAUCACCUUUCUCCCCGGCCUUUGUACCAGGAGUCAGGGCGAAGAAAGUGAAAACGCACCUCCACCUGCACGACCACAACCACAACCACGCACACUUACACAACCACAGUCGACGCAGCAGGAGAAGGCGGUACUAUCCGAGAUACUACUACGGCGGCCCAGGUGGUGGUGGUGGUUGGUCUGCUCCUGGCUUCGACACACCGGGACGGUACUACCAUCCCCAUCCUCAUAUACCGCCUCCGCCUCCGCCUUCGCCGUUCCUCAGUCCAGGAGACUGCGGCCCAUUUCCGGAUCCGGGCGGCUUGGAGGAGUGUUUCUCGCCCCCGUUGCCCGCGGCAAGUGUUCUCGGCUGCGCUGGUGGUGCCGUUGACGAAGACGGUGACUGCGGCGGUAGUGAAUUCGACGACCCUGGGCCUGGCUUUGUGUUCGGACCUGCCAGGAGUCGUGCUCGGUUCCCUGGCCCUUGUGCUGUUGGCGGUAUCGGUGGUAGGAGGUAUCCCAGACGAAGCGCGUACUACUAUCCCCCCCGUGGACACGGGGGAUUCGGAUCGAGGAGGCGGGUUGGCAGGUACGGGUACGGGCGUGGUGCUGGGGCGGGUACGACGUUUGAUUGGAAUUAUCCCUUCCGUGGAGGAGGGGCGACGGCGAGGUCGAGGGCGAGGGCGAGGUAUCAGAGGGGAGGAGGGGCACCGACGACGGCGUCGGCGGGAUUCAGGGGGAGUAGUGUGGGUAGUGAGGGCAGUGAUUUCGAGGGUGGGGGUGAAGACAUGAGGAGGGGUUUUGAUAGUAGGAUGGGAGGAGGGAAGAGGAUGGGAGGGUUGGGAGGGUUGGGGUCCCCUGGUGUGGGUGAGGGCGUGAGUAGGUAUGGUGGGAGUCCUGUUGUGAGGCCUCAUAUCGGGGUGGCUCCUGGGUAUCCUCCUCAGCACCACCACGCUGGGGCGGGGAUGGCGUACACGCCGCAGGUUGCACCGGGUAUGGUGACGUAUUCUGUACCUGGCGGGGGAGCAGCGUAUCAACCGGGAGGUGGGUAUCAGACCAUGGAUCCGAAUAUGAUGCCGGCAAUGCAUCAGCAACCACAACCACAACAACAGCAACCGUACCAACCCAUCAUCGUACCACCUCAACCACCCGUGGAAAGACCAGCAACAGCACCACAGCACGCAUCCGCAAGCAUGGCACACAUACCCGCGGGCGCCUACGCAGCCGGCGUCCCCACGACCCCCUCACCUCACCCUCGACCACAAACGACAGAGCCCGUACCCGCCUCGCCACAGGUGCCAAAAAGAAUGUUCAGACAGUCCGAGGAGACUGGACGAAAGGGGUCAAACGACACCGAGGGCCAGGAAUGGAUCCAGGGCCACCCGUUCCUCGAUGCGUGUAUCUGCACGACGAACUGCACAUGCAGGAAGGGCCAUAGAGUGCUGUACCGCGAGGAGAAUGGCGAGGGCGGCCGCGCGAGCGGGGAGAUCAGAUAUGUACUUAAAGAGCAGCUGGGCAAGGACUGCGGGGACCAUUCGAAGUGCCGGGAGAGAAAGAAGGAUGGCACUGGUGAGAGGAGGCGGAGUCGUGAGAGCGGCGGUAGUGGCAGUGUGAGGAGCAGUAGUCGGGGGAGUAGCAGCGAGACGACGAGUAGUUUGAGGUUGGGGAGGGAGAUGUACAAGGCUGCGAGGAAGGAGGCCCAGGAUGAGAGGAGGAAUAGGAGGGUCGAGGAGGGGUUGAAGGGGAUCUUGGAGAGGUUGGAAAAGAUGGAGUUGAAGAGUAGUAGUGGUUCGCCUGCUGCUACUAGGGCUACACCGUUGGGAGGGAAGGCGGUUCCGAAUGCUGGCCUUGGUAAUGGAAUUGGAGAGACGAUUCAACAGCCGUUGGGACGAAUGGCCUCACCGUUGGCCGGACCUACAACUGGAAUGGGAAACCUGUAUAACGGGUUAGGGAAUCCAUAUGCUGGGGUCGAUCAUGGUAUGGGCGCGCAGAUGGACCCACGUCAGAUGGGAGGUACUACUGCUGCUGCUGGAAUAGGACCGCAGAUGAUGUUUGGACCGAGUCCUGGCGUCCGUCGUCCGAUGAUGAUGCCGUCACAGAUGGAUCCACGGCUUGCAAUGCAGAUGAACGGCAUGUCACCCGAUUUCGAUCACCAGGCCGGCAAUGGCAUGGGCGGAUUGGACAUGGACAUGAUAGAUCCUUCAAUGGCCAUGGACAUGCGAACACCGGGUGGUAUGCCCAUGAGAGGAGGCAUGGCCGGAGGACAACGAGGGCCAAUUCCCAUGCCUCGACCUGAAAUGUACAACGGAGGUCAUGUCAUGCAGUUCGGACGAAGAGGUGGUAGGGGAAUGCCACAUGGGAUGAUGGGACGCCAAUUUGGUGGCGUUCAUGGUCAGUUGAAUCCAGGAAUGGGUAGAGGAGGCAGAUUGCAACAGCCGUAUCGUUGGGGACCCGGGGAUGAUUCAGUGGCGCCUGAAGGUAGACGUCGACGACCUGAGUUUCCUCUUGACGAUGAGGAUGAUACAUUCAUGACGAAUGGGCAUGGGGGACGUGGCACAGGGCAUGCUGAGGGGAAUGAAUCCGAAUGGGAAGACACUGGUCUAGAUGACAUCAACGAUGGUGAUGGGGACUGGCAACCAAAUCGAGGCAAUUCAUCUAAUGCCGGUCGAGGCAAUCGGCAAGGUAUGAAUCGUCAGAGGGGCAGCAGAGGUGGAGGACGGGGGCAGGGAAGACAGGCACAUAUUGAAGACCCAGAAGAGGAAUAGAGGGAGAUGGUUAUCUUGUUAAUUUCCAUAAUAAAAUGUAGAGA